AUGCCGAAAGGUUCAGAGACAACAGUCAAAGAAUGUCAUGAUUGUGGACAAAGUGGCCCCGAAUGGUGCUCAAUCAAUCAUGGUGUACUUCUAUGUGAUGAAUGUUGUAGUGUACAUUUAAGUCUUGGCCGACAUAUAUCACAAAUAAAAUCUUUUAAACGUAGUUAUUGGCCACCGAAUCAAUUGAAUUUAAUAUAUGAAGUAAGUUCGAAUGGUGCUAACCUUGUUUGGGAAUAUGGUCUACUUGAUCCACAAAAUAAAGUUCCAAGAAAAAAGCCAUCUGCUAAAGAUGCAUUACCAGUAAAAGCAGAUUUUAUUCGCACAAAAUAUCAACAGAUGGCCUACAUAAAUCGUGUAAAAGAUGAAACGAAUGGCAUAUUUGAAGAUUUGCAUUUACAAUUACAUUCAAUUGCUCGAACAGAUAAUGUUGUGACAUGUUUACGAUUUCUUUCGCAAGGAGCUGAUCCGAAUUUUAAAAAUCCGGAAACAGGUACUUCAUCUGUUCAUGUUGCUGCAAGCCGUGGUCAACAAAACCAAAUUGAGCUUCUUUGUAUUUUUGGUGGUGAUCCAGCAGCAGUUGAUAGUUCUGGAAUGUCACCAGACGAACAUGCAAGAGCAAAUGGUUAUCCUGAUUUAGCUGAUCGAUUAAUUGAACUUCAAUAUGAAUUAACCGAUCGUCUGACUUGUUUUAUUGGUGGUAAACGACCUGAUCAUAGAUUUGGACAACAUAUUGUCCUUCCUGAACUUAAUGAAAAUCUCGAUAUAUCUGAUCAAGCACUUCUUGCUCGUAAAAAACUUCAACAAUUACCUGAUCCACUUUUUGAAGAUCUUGCUAUGGAUGUAUUUGAUGAAGUUGAACGACGAGAAUUGAAUACAAUUUGGCAUGCGCAAGUGGAUAAAGCGUUGAUUCCUUUGCAUGUUGUACCAUUUCUACCUGUUAAUCCUGCAUUUUCAGCAACACGAAAUCAGGGUCGUCAAAAAUUAGCACGCUACGGUCCCAAAGAGUUUACUACAUUUAUUUAUGAUAUAUUAAAUGAAGUUCGUCGUCGAUAUCAUGGUAUUAUGCAACAAUCUCCUGUAUCACCUGUAUCAACAUCGAAAUUUCAUACAUUACCACGACAAACUAAUCAAACGAAUAUGCCAAAUAAUAAUACAUCUCUAUCAACUCAGGAUAUUUUACAAACUAAUGGACAACCAUCGUUAUCAUCAACAGCUGCACUAAUAAAUGCAUUUAUUGAUAGUGACGAUGAACCACUCUACGAUAAAGUUGCAUCGGAUGAAGAUUAUAGUAGUUUACCAAAUAGUGAACAACAAAAACGAACUAAAAUUAAUAAAAAAACAAAAAAACCAUCAACUAUAGAUUCAUCAAAAGAAUAUAUAGAUGGUGUAUUACAAUCACCAACUGAAAGUUUAAAUUUAUCAGAAAUUUCAAAUGAAGAAACAGCACGAAAUCAUCGAUCAUUUGAUAUAAAAUCACGUGUUGCUAAUACGGAACUUCAACUUAAAUAUUUAGCAUGUGCACAUAUUGAUUUAAAAAAUGAAUUAGCUGUACUACAUCAAAUGAUCCAACGAUUACUUGAUGAAAAUCUGUUAAAUAAAGUUGAUCAACAAGUCUCGAGCGAUCUGGCAACACAUCGAAAUGAUCUAUCAUCGUCGCAAAUGCAAAUAAAUGGAUCGAAUUUAAUUAAUAAUGAUGAUACACGCAGAAUUAUUAAUAAAUCAGCUCAACAACUUUUUGAUGGUCAUAGUCGAAAAUCAAGUCCAAUUGUUGAAAGUGAUUAUGAUAAUACAACAGUUAUUGACGAUCCUGACAAUCCAUCAUCAAAUUCAGUUCGACAAACAGCAUCAGGUCAUGAUAAACGAUCUAGUCGUAGUAUGCAACGAUUUCCACAAAUAGAAGAAAAUAAAAUAAAUGGCCUGAAUCAUUCUCGCCCAUUUCGAUCAACAGAUUUUAUAAAUACAAAUGUUGAAGUACUAAUAGAAAAAUCAUCCACAACGCAAAUACAAAACAUUAUUCCUAUAACCAAUGGUCGAGCUCGAUCAUGUUCUGGCGGUCGAAAUAAAGCUAUGUCACCUCCAGUUUUAUCCCGCAAAGGUUCAUGUGGACCAACAGAAGCAAUUGGUGAUAUUGAUAAACGAACACGAAAAAUAACUCAUCGUAUUGCAGAAUUAUUUAGUUUAAUUAAAGAAAAUCAAUCUGACCGCUUUGUUACUUGUGCCGAACGAAUCAAUAAUUCAGUUCAAGAUAUGAUUCGUUUAUUUGAUAGGAUUUCAUUAAGUGACGAGAUGCGAACAAAUCUAGACAUGUUAAAUACAGGCGCUCAACAACUUCUAGCUCAUGCUACAUUAAAAGAAAAAACUGCGACAUCAACGAAUCCCAAUCGAUCGGAACAGAUUCAAUACAUAAUUGAUGAUUGUUAUAAUAUUGCACUUGCCACAAAGAGUCUUGUUGGACUAUACCAAAAAUUAUGA